UAAUAUAAUAUAAUAAAAUGAUAUUUUUUGUUUUAAACCAAAAAUUCAUUGAAAAUAUUUUCAAAAUAUAAUUUAUCCUUUUAUUCCUUUCAGCAGCAACAGUCAUUCUUAAUCAUAUAUUCACAACCUUGAUCCCAACUUAAUUAUAUUUGCAAAUCGACCCAAAUUUUUAGGACAAAUAAAUGUCUGACAAGAACGAUUGGCCGUUAGAUACUCACGGCUGGCUCAAAUGUGCCAUCCCCUUGCCAGCAAACCCCAUGAAAGAUAAUCCCGAGAAAUAUCUACGUGUCAGCGAUGCUUGGAGGUUGCAUCAUAGUUCUAUGAUUUUGGAUAAUAAAAAGAUUUGUUGGGUUCCGAAAAAGGGCAAAGCUUUUGUUUGCGCCGAUAUUAUCAGCACCAAGGGCGAUCAAAUCACGGUUAAAGCUGACGGAGAGGAAAUGACUAUAAAUAAAGAUCAAGCAGAACAAGUUAACCCAGGAAAAUUCGAAAAAUGUGAUGAUAUGUCCUGUUUAACCUUUUUGAACGACGCCAGUGUCUUGCAUAAUUUACAACAACGAUAUUUCAUUUGGAUUAUUUACACUUAUUCUGGAUUGUUUUGCGUGGCUAUUAAUCCCUACAAAAGACUACCUAUAUAUACCCCAGAAGUCGUGCAGAUGUUCAAAGGUAAGAGAAAGUCCGAGGUACCUCCUCACGUUUUCUCCAUUUCGGAUGACGCCUAUACCAAUAUGUUAUCAAACAGAGAAAAUCAAUCUAUAUUGAUCACUGGAGAAAGUGGAGCAGGUAAAACGGAAAACACAAAAAAGGUUAUCCAGUAUUUUGCCAUAGUAGCUGCUAAUAAGCAUAUAACCGACCCCGGUGUGUCCCAUUUUACCGCCGGAACCUUAGAAGAUCAAGUUAUCCAAGCCAAUCCAGUUUUGGAAGCGUUUGGAAACGCUAAGACCAUAAGAAACGACAACUCUUCGCGUUUCGGGAAAUUUAUCAGAAUUCAUUUUGGAGCUUCCGGAAAAUUAGCUGGUGCUGAUAUAGAAUCAUAUCUAUUGGAAAAAUCCCGUGUCAUAUUUCAACAGGCCGCUGAGAGAUCAUAUCAUAUCUUCUAUCAAAUCAUGUCAGGAGCGAUCUCUGGAUUAAAAGAACAACUUUUCCUUUCCGAUAAUCCAAAGGACUACGCAUUCUCAUCUCAGGGUAAAACUUCGAUUGAGGGAGUCGACGACAAAGAAGAAAUGAAAUUAACAGAUGAAGCAUUUAACAUUUUGGGCUUUGAGCCGCAAGAAAAAUUGAACAUUUAUAAACUCACUGGAGCUAUAAUGCAUAUGGGAAACAUGAAAUUCAAACAAAGACCCAGAGAAGAACAAGCUGAGACUGAUGGAACAGAUCCCGGAGAAAAGGCCGCCAAAUUAAUGGGCAUCAAUGAUGCAGAAUUCUUUAAAAAUAUCCUGAAACCUAGAAUCAAAGUCGGAAGCGAAUACGUAGCUAAGGGCCAAAAUCUACAACAGGUCACUUACGCUAUCGGAUCAUUAUCGAAGGCAACUUACGACAGAAUGUUUAAAUGGUUGGUAGCUAGAGUCAACAAAACGCUGGACACCAAAGCCAAACGUCAAUUCUUUAUAGGAGUCUUGGAUAUAGCCGGUUUCGAAAUUUUUGAAUAUAACAGCUUCGAACAAUUGUGCAUCAAUUUCACCAACGAAAAAUUGCAGCAAUUUUUUAAUCAUCACAUGUUCAUCCUGGAACAAGAGGAAUAUAAGAGAGAAGGAAUCGACUGGGAAUUCAUAGACUUUGGACUUGAUUUACAAGCUUGUAUCGAUUUGAUCGAAAAGCCCAUGGGUAUUCUUUCCAUCUUGGAAGAGGAAUGUAUCGUGCCAAAAGCUACCGAUAAGACAUUCUUGCAGAAAGUUAUGGACACUCAUUUGGGAAAAUCACCUUGCUUGGGUAAACCUAAGUUAGCGCAAAAAUCAUCGCGUGAGGCGCACAUGGAAAUCAAGCAUUACGCUGGCACCGUGCCUUACAACGUCGACAAUUGGUUGGAUAAAAAUAAGGAUCCUCUGAAUGAAUCGGUCUUGACAGUUUUCUCCAAAUCUACAAAUCAUCUCUUGGCCGAUCUAUGGAAGGACAGAGCUUCUGCUGACGACGAAAAGAGUUCCGGAAAGAAAGGAAAAGGAUCUAGCUUUCAAACUAUUUCGGUACUUUACAAGGAACAAUUGAAUAAACUUAUGACGACUUUGAAAAAUACUCACCCACAUUUCGUAAGAUGCAUCAUUCCCAAUGAACACAAAGGACCCGGUGAGUUGGACGCAGAAUUGGUCAUGAAUCAAUUGACUUGCAAUGGCGUAUUGGAAGGUAUCAGGAUUUGUAGGAAAGGUUUCCCUAAUCGUUUAAUGUAUGCCGAUUUCAAGCAAAGGUAUACCAUUUUGGCUCCACAGGCCGUGCCCAAAGAAGGGUUCGCUGACAAUAAAGAAAUUACCGGAAAAAUUAUCAACGAAUGCCAGUUGGAACCUAACGAAUACAAAAUGGGCCAUACCAAGAUAUUCUUUAAGGCCGGUAUUUUGGGUCAACUAGAAGAUAUGAGAGACGAAAGGAUAGGCAAGAUCAUUACCUACUUCCAGGCAUGGAUCAGGGCUAAUCUCAUGAAGAAACGCUUCAAGAAAUUGAAGGAACAGAGGACGGCUCUUGUCAUCAUUCAAAGGAACAUCCGAAAAUGGUUAUUAAUGCGCAAUUGGUUAUGGUGGAAGUUGUACACUAAAGUCAAACCUAUGUUGAGCGUCGCCAGGCAAGAAGAAGAUAUGAAAAAAUUGAAAGACGAAUUCGAUAAGUUGAAAGAAGAUUUCGAUAAAGAAACAGCAUUAAGGAAAGAUCUAGAAAAUAAAACGACCCACUUGACCCAAGAGAAAAACGAUUUAAUGUUGCAACUCGAGGCCGAGAAGGAAAACACGAACGAUUUGGAAGAAAAGGCCGAAAAUCUCAUCAAACAAAAAGUGGAAUUGGAAUCACAAAUGACGGAUUUGAACGAUAGACUGGCAGAGGAGGAAGAACAGAACGCCACCCUUUCAUCCGCCAAAAGGAAAACCGAACAAGAAAUGGUCGAACUGAAAAAGGAUAUCCAAGAUCUGGAAUUAUCGCUCCAAAAAACGGAACAGGAGAAACAAUCCCGAGAAAAUCAGAUCAGACAAUUGCAGGACGAGAUGACCAAACAGGACGAAUUGAUUUCCAAGGUGAGCAAGGAGAAGAAAAGUUUGGACGAGACCCUUAAAAAGACUCAGGACGAUUUGAACGCGACGGAGGAUAAGGUUAACCACUUGAAUAAGGUCAAAGCUAAAUUGGAACAAACUCUGGACGAGUUGGAGGACAGCUUAGAACAUGAGAAAAAAAUUAGAGCCGACCUCGAGAAAAGCAAGAAGAAAUUGGAGCAAGACUUAAAAUUGUCCCAGGAACAAGCGCAAGAUUUGGAUAUAGCGAAGAAAGAAUUGGAAGAAAACCUGAAGAGGAAAGAGAAAGAUAUAGCAAAUUUCCAAACCCGUUUAGAAGACGAACAAAACAUGGUUGGGCAACUACAAAGGAAAAUCAAGGAAUUACAGAGUCGCAUUGAAGAAUUGGAAGAAGAACUCGAAGCUGAACGCCAAGCUCGUUCUAAGGUGGAUAAACAAAGAGCCGAGUUGGCCAGAGAACUGGACGAUUUGACAGAGAGAUUAGAAGAGCAGGGAGGUGCCAGCGCUGCUCAGAUGGAUUUGAACAAGAAGCGAGAAGCCGAAAUCCAAAAAUUGAGGAGGGAUUUGGAAGAAUCGAACAUGCAACACGAAGCCACUACGAACGCCCUUAGGAAAAAGCACAACGACGCCGUAGCGCAAAUGGGCGAGCAACUAGAUCAAUUGCAAAAAAUCAAGGCCAAACUAGAAAAAGAGAAGGCUCAGAUGAAAUCCGAAUUAGAUGAUCUUUCAUCUGGCGGAGAACACGUUGUUAAAGCCAAAGCUCAAGCUGAAAAGGCCAUUAAAGCUAUCGAAGCCCAAUUGGCCGAAAGUCAGAUAAAAUUGGACGAAAGUUCUAGAAACGUGAACGAAUUAGCUAACAGUAAAAAUCGCCUGCAAAACGAAAACGCCGAACUUCAAAAGCAAUUGGAGGAAGCGGAAUCUCAACUAAAUCAAAUCAACAAGGUCAAAACUCAGCUCACCACCCAGAUAAACGAAUUGAGAAAUGCCUUGGAAGAAGAAUCUAGGGAAAAAUCUCAACUUAGCUCACAGCUGAGGAACGCCCAGCACGAUCUAGAUCAAUUAAAGGAUCAACUUGACGAGGAACAAGAAGCCAAGACCGAAAUUCAACGACAAUUCACUAAAGUUAACAGCGAAUAUGCCGCUCUUAAAGCCAAAUUUGACGGCGAAUCCGUACAACGAUCCGAAGAAUUGGAAGAAUCAAGGAAAAAGCUUCAACAAAGAUUGCAACAAGCAGAGGAAGCCCUCGAAGCAGCCCAAGUUAAAAUUUCGUCCCUGGAAAAAACUAAGCAACGUCUGACCAGCGAAUUAGACGACGCUCAAAUCGACGUUGAAAGGGCCAAUAAUAGCGCUUCAUCGUUCGAGAAAAAGCAAAAAGGUUUCGACAAGACAAUCGCCGAAUGGAAGCAAAAAGUAGCCGAUAUCAAAGCCGAACUAGAUAAUUCCCAGAAAGAAAACCGAAAUAUUUCUACCGAAGUAAUCAGACUCAAAACCCACCAGGAAGAGUUUGAUGAUCAUAUCGAUUCCCUGAAGAGAGAAAACAAAAACUUGCAAGACGAGAUUAAAGAUUUAGUUGAUACGAUGUCCGAAGAAGGCAAAUCGGUUCACGAACUCGAUAAAACCCGCAAGAGACUCGAAGUCGAAAAAGAAGAAAUUCAAUCCGCGCUCGAAGAAGCCGAAUCGGCUCUAGAACAAGAAGAAGGCAAAUUAAUGAGAACCCAAUUGGAGUUAGCUCAGAUUAGGCAGGAAAUUGACAGGAGAUUGCAAGAAAAGGACGAAGAAUUCGACAACACUAGGAAAAAUCAUUCUCGCAUGGUGGAAAGUAUGCAAGCCAGCUUGGAAGCGGAGGUCAGGGGCAAAGCCGAGGCUCUGAAGAUGAAGAAGAAACUAGAAUCCAACAUUAACGAAUUGGAGAUUGCCGUCGACCAAGCCAAUAGAGCGAACGCCGAGGCCCAAAAGAACAUUAAAAAGUAUCAAGAUCAAAUUAAACAGCUUCAAACCCAAGUGGAGGAAGAGCAGAGGUCACGAGACGAUGCCAGAGAACAGUACAACAUGUCCGAGAGGCGCUGCAAUAUACUUCAAGGUGAAAUCGAGGAGAUCCGAUCCGCCUUGGAAAAUUCUGAAAGAGUGCGAAGGAGCUUAGAAUUGGAACUCAGCGAUACCAAUGAAAGAGCUAAUGACGCCACUGCCCAAGUUACGUCCCUGAACGGUCAAAAGAGGAAAAUGGAAAGCGAAUUAGCAUCCCUUAAGACCGAUCUUGACGAGAGUAUCAACAAUCAAAAAGAUUUGGAAGAUAAAUUUAAAAAGAGCCUUAUGGAUGUGCAAAGAUUGGCUGAAGAAUUGAAGCAAGAACAAGACCAUUCAUUGCAAGUCGAAAAAAAUCGCAAACAAAUGGAAGUUCAAAUCAAGGAGAUGCAAGCGCGUUUGGAUGAAGCUGAGGGUAACGUUUUGAAAGGCGGAAAAAAAUUGAUCGUUAAAUUGGAAACUAAGAUUCGUGAAUUGACAAAUGAAGCCGAGGCAGCAAAUAGGCGAUUCGCCGAAGCCGAUAAAUCGUCCAAGGCUAAAGAGAGACGCGUCAAGGAAAUGCAAUUUGAAAUUGACGAAGCCAAAAAGAGCCAAACCCAUUUCCAGGAUUUGGUGGAUCAAAUGCAACAAAAGAUCAAGAUUUACAAGCGGCAAGUCGAAGAAGCGGAAGAAGUAGCCAGCAUGAACUUAGGCAAAUACCGCAAACUACAACACGAAUUGGAGGAAGCUGAAGAAAGAGCCGAAAGCUCUGAGCAAGCACUCACAAAAAUGAGGGCCAAGAACAGAAGUUCCCCAUCUGUAGGCCCCCCAGCACCCCGUCUACCAUCUGGAAUAGGAUCAGCUCGACCAAGUCCCAUGCCCAGGUCACCCAGAAGAGCCUUAGAAGACCUCGAAUAAAUGAUCCUUCAACACAUUUUUAAAAUUUUAUAUAUUAUAACAAAUAAUGAAUUUCAAAUGUUUUGUGACAAUAUUUAUAUAUUUUUUUUCAAAUUGAUUUUUAAUAUAACAAUAAUUAGUUUUUUUUUUAAUAAAAAACAUUUUACAGGUCUUAUACCAUAAAAUGAAGAAUAUUUAUCAUUUUUUUCAUGAAAGAGAUUGCAUUAGAAUAAUUUUGUUCCCUACUGAUUUUCUAAAUGAAAUAAUAUGUGCAUUAUAUAGUUUUACACCUCCCCUUUCUUUUUUUUUUGAUAAAUCUGCCGCCUUCGAACUUAUCUUAAUAUAUAUAUUAUUAUACUUUUUUGAUUGAAAUAUGUUAUUACCCAUCUAUCAUACUUGAAAAUAUAAUAUCAUCAAUAUUCUCCGAUAUUAUUCUGUUUUACCGAUAUACAUUGUAUUUUUUUUCUUAUCUCAUGCAUUAGCGGAUAGUUUUUAUAACAUUAGUUUACCUUUAAUUUUUGUUAAUUUUAAAAAAUCAUCAUCAUUAAUAUUUCUUUAUUUUUUAUUUUCGGUAGUUAUAAUUUAUAAUAAUAUUAUUUUAUAAUUGAUUCUUAAAUUUGGGGU